AUGCCGCAGGGAGCUGAUGGAGAUGGGGGUCAGCUGGGGAGAGGGAAAAGAGAGAAAUGGGGGAUUUUGUGUUUCUCGGCGGUAUAUCUUAUUACUGCAACCACUUUUGUCUUACAGGACAUGACCUAUCUCUGUGUAUUGGCCUCGGGUUCACCCAGUCAAAACCUGCUGCAGCAUUUUCAGGAGUGCAUCAAGCUCAUCCACGAAUGCCGGCUCGGCAGGGGAGGCUGCCUCGUCCACUGCCUGGCCGGGGUCUCCCGCAGCACCACCGUCCUGGCGGCUUACCUCGUGACGGUGACCGAGCUGGGCUGGGAGGGCUGCCUGGCCGCCACCAAGGCCGUCCGGUCCUACGUCAGCCCCGACUUUGGCUUCCAGCAGCAGUUGCAGGAGUAUGAGGUGACCUUGCUGCGGGAG